AGUGAAUGCGGCUUCCGUGAUAGUUUUCCGUCAUGUACUGCUUCGGCAGCGGUCGGUCCAAGGAGAGCAGCAGCUCGGGCUCUCGGGGUUCCCGUUCGGACACCUCGACUCGAGGCCGCAGCCCGCGCCGCUCGCGCUCGCCCUCUCCCCGGGGCCGCCGCUCGCCGUCCAGCAGCCGCUCCUCUCGCCGCUCGCCCUCCCCGCGCCGCACGAGUAGGGUGUGCUCCCCGUCCGGGGGCAGCCGGACCCGCCGCGGGUCCGAGCAGCGGGACGGCAGCCUGAGCCGGACACGUUCUCCAAAAUGGCACUUACACUCUUCUCAAAGAUACCCACAAUUCCUGGGCAGUUAUUCUCCAAGUCGACACUCUGAAUCUUCAGUGGAACAGAGCCUGUGGACUGAAUUUAGCAGUGAUUGUUAUGAUAUUGCCACACAAGAGCGAAGAAGACUAUCUGACAGUCUGGGCUUGCCCAUUGAUAGCCUAAGUGAUGUUGACAGGGAUUACUUGGAUGAUGAUUCAGAAUUUAUCAGAGGCCUUUCACAUUCCCGAAGUCUUCAGCAAUACCGUCGUCAUGAAGAAUGUCCUCCUAAUCCUUUCAGUAUGAGAUAUGACAAGGACUGUUGUGGCAGGGAUGCCUUGCUCCACAAAUCAGACUAUUUCAUGAAUGAUGACCAGCUACAGGAUCUACCAAGAGAAUCUGAUAGGCAUGACAAACUAUUUACAAAAUCCUUAGAUCCAUCAGAGGGGCUUAAAACAAAGCACCCACGAUAUGAUGGAGAAGACAGACAGCUUGUUGUGAAUCCAGAUCAUCGGGGUUUCUUGUCAGGACAACGAAAUUACUACAAACUAAGGCUUAGUAGAAGUCCAAUGUACCGUGAUAAGGAUUUUGGGAAUUUUGAGAGUGCUAGGAGAAAAAGGGAAGAGGAGCUGAGUAGAAAUACAAGUCAAGAUAGUCCUGGUAAUGAUUAUGUGAUCUGUGGCUUGACUAACGCUCUGCAAUCUUCUGAAUUUCAAUACCUUUAUAGACCGGAGGAAGCAUCGGCAGUACCUAAAAAAUUAAUCCUGAAGAAACAAGUAGAUGACCCUUCCAUGCAGAAUUUGGAGGAUUUUUUGAGUCAAAAGGAUUCUCAGGAGUUGACAUCAGAGUCUGCAGAUCUACAUAAUGACUUCCUGCUUCCUCAUGAAAGAGCCAGCCAGGAUGGGAGUGGCUUUUUGCACAUUCUGGACAGAAUGGUUGAUUCUACCAAUGCCCAAGAGAAAAGAACAUGCAACUUCCUUGAUGUUGAGGAUGAAGAGAAAUUUCUUUAUGGUGAUGGUCAGGAUAACGCUGACUUCAAAUAUCCUACUGAGAAGCUAAUGGAUAGUUGGAAAGAAUCCUUAAGCCUGAAUGCAAGAUCCCCAUCUCCUAUCCAUUUUAUAAAACCAGACACUUUGGAUGGAUCCAGAAUAGCAUUUGAGAAGAUCCGUGAUUUGCUCAAAACCAUAGGCCUUGAUAUUGGGGUGGUUGAAAUUGGUAAGGGUGCUGCCCGUACAGAGGAACGACUCCAUGGAAAAAAAACAUUGCAUUCUCUAGAUGGUAACUCAGUGGUUUCUCAUAAACCAAAAUCUAUUGAGAAGGACUGCAUUCAAAGCAAUAGUCAUUCUCCAGAAUCAAAUCAGAAGAAUUCUUUGUCACCCUGUGAUUAUUUCCAACCAUCUAAUGAUGUAUCAUCUCUUACAAUAUCCGAGCAAGCUAAUAGCAGAACUCUGAGGCACAGUAAUUCUGCAGGCACAUCAGAGCAAUCUUUUUUUCCAGUAUCUGUAAUCCCAUCAGCAUCACCCCCUCUUCCUAACUUGCCUCUUCCUAAUCCCCUAAUUUCUCAUUAUCCAGUAUCACACUUUUCAGCAUAUACUGCAGCUCAGCUACUACCAAAUCAUCCACCUCCCACAGUGGCCCCUCCUAUCUAUAACGCAUAUGGACAGUAUAUGGCUUAUUCUGCUUCUGCCUGGCCCAUGUACACUCCUCCUUUUCAUCAGUCUAAUCCUGCACUUCCAGAUGUACAUGGGCUUGUGUCAGUGUCAAUGCCACCGAAGCCUACCCGGUCCAACCUCAGAGUUAUUGAAACAGUUUCUACUGUCAAGCAGAAUCCUGAAAUCAAGAAAUAUAAGUCUGUGCUUGUGGAAAUCCCCAUCACUCCUACUAACUCCAAAUUACUCUCUCAAUCCAAUGGAGGUACACCUGAAAGAGUAUCAGAUGAAAAAUAUCUAGCAUCUGAGAUGCCAAAAGUAAUGGAUGGAAGAGAGAAACCAAAGGCUAAAAAAGAAACACAAAAUAAUAAACUACAGUACCUGAAAACUGAGUUGUGUAGACUUUCAAGACAGCGAGUCUCUGCAGGUCAGUACAAAUCAGUUUGGAUCUGUGGGCACAGCAUUGUGUCCUGGGCCAGUCUUUAUGCAGCAGUCUCAGGAUGGGGAAUACACCUGGGACUGGACGAGGCCAUCUUCAUCAAGUGGAUUGGAGUUGAAGGGAUGCUCUGGAACUCCUUGGUGCCAACAGUUCUUCACCAUGCCACUAAGUCAGGGCCUCCAGAUGCUCUGGUCAUCCAGCUUGGAGAGAACGAUCUGGGCACCCGGUCAGGCUUGGACUUGUCAAGGUCAAUAAUGGAUGACCUAGGAUCCCUUCUUGGACGCUAUCCUGGCAUGCAACUAUUCUGGUCAGACUUGUUGGAGAGGCGUACUUGGCAUGGGGCAGUUUGCCCGAACAAGGUUGAUUUGGCCAGGAGGAAGGUGGCCAGGUCUGUGGCACGUUUUGUAGAGGCAUCGGGGGGCUUUGUGAUCUAUCACCCGGACAUUACCUUUAAGCUGGAAGCAUUGUUCCAACCUGAUGGGGUGCAUCUAUCAAGCUGGGGACAAGACAUUUGGUUACAUGGCAUUCGGUAUGGGCUUUGGGGUUGGUUGCAGCUUUAGGAGAUUUGGAGGGAGCCAGGUGAGGCCUUUGACUACCUCUUGUAGUGGUUUUGGUAUUGGGCACUUGUCCUUUUCGGGGGGAAAAGGGGUUGCAAGGCCAGUUUCCCUAUACUUGAGGAUCAUGCCUCAACAGCUCGAGCUGUUGGAGCAUGUUCACACCCAGGUGGAGAAGAAUCCAUGCAGAGGUUUGUGCCCUAUGAAAUUCUACUUCCUGUCAGAGUGCGGUUCCCUGUCAGCAGACAGGCUGGGAGGUAAGGGUGGUCAUUGACAGACAGGCAGGUUGGUCAAUGCUUGGAUCCGCACUGUAUGUGAUGCUAAGGCUUCAUAAGCUGUAAACCAAUAAAGCUGUGACCUUUUAUAUCUAA